AUGGGAUCGGAAACCAGGGCCGAAGUGAUUGUGCUGGCGGUUACCGCGAUCAUCGGCGUCAUCUUACUGUUUGCCUUCUUCACUCGCGAGAGGAAGCAGACGGAGGCGCCCAGGCCCAAGAGUCUGACAUUUCGAGUCGACGACAUUCCAAUUGAUCACCAGAAUAAAUUCAUCGACAAUCUCAAGUCUGUUGCUGAGCAGGACCCAGAUUUAAGGAGGGCAAUAGCCACCAUUACUCGUCACACUCUGACGCCAAAGGACAAGCGCUUCGCCUGCGCUACUAUUUCAAUCAGCACCACGCUCACAGGGGAGGAGCUUUGUACCCGGUUGAGUGUCGCUGGAAACCUAAAGGGUUAUAAGUAUAGCUAUACCUGUGUAUUUGACGGAAUUACACCGCUCUACGAGCACCAGAACGGUGCAGAUGUCGACGUCAUAGCUGUUCCUGGUCUUGGAAGUCACGCCUUUGGCUCUUGGAAGGCACCAAAUAGCGACGAAGUUUGGCUACGUGACUUCCUGCCCGAAGACAUUCCCAAUAUCCGAGUGCUGCUCUACGGUUACGAUACAACGCUGUUAAAUAGCUUUUCGAAGCAAUCCAUCGAAGACUUAGGCAGAAUCUUCUUAGAGCAGAUCACUGCCUUUCGAGCGAAUGAUGGUGCACUGAUCUGGGCUCAUCGACCAGGGACUAUCAUGCAGUCAGAACUUUCCAAGGCAUGUUUUGGGCUAGUCUUCUUUGGAGUGCCAAAUCUUGGUUUGCGAAAUGAACAAUUGAAAACAAUUGUCCAAGAUCAACCGAACCAGGCAUUGGUUGACAAUCUUGUCGUGGAUAACGACAAUGAGCCCACGACCUUGCUUAAAAGGCUUACCGACCAGUUUGCAGAGAAAAGCAAGGGUCUCUACCGAGUAGUGACUUUCUUCGAGCGCAAAUAUAGUCCAAUUUUAGAGGUCGCUCCGGAUGGAAGACUGCGCAAAACUGGCCGCUUGUCUUUACUGGUGACAGAAAAGUCAGCUACAAGCACAGGCCUAGUACCGAUGGCCGAUGAAGAUAACAUUCCCUUUAACACUGAUCAUUCUGGGCUUGUGAAGUACAGAUCCAGAAAUCAAGGCGAUUACACCGUUGUGAGGGAAAGAAUUCGAAUACUGGUUGAUGAGGCGAAGCUGAAGGUGGCCAAUCGAUUUCUUGAAUACAAUCUACAUGUUCCCUGUUCUGAGAAUAUAGCAGCAUGCCUAAAAUCACUAGCCUUUGCGGAUAUAGACAGCCGACAGAGUAGGAUUGAAGAUGCCGCUACGGGCACGUGCGAAUGGCUUCUUCGUCAUAAAACUCUAGCACAGUGGUCUCGUCAACACAGAGGUCUACUCUGGUUAAGGGGGAAGCCCGGAUCUGGGAAAUCCACAGUCAUGAAAUAUGCUCUCCGAGAGCUUCCAGCCAUUUAUGAUGCGGAACCUAUUACAAUCUCCUUCUUCUUCCACGCCCGUGGUCAUGAGCUUCAAAAAUCUCCACUUGGCCUUUUUCGUUCUUUUCUGCACCAAAUACUUAGGCGCGUACCAGGCGCACUCCGUGACAUGAUUGCCUAUUUCGAUGAGCAGCAAAGAACAAUCGGUGAAGUAGGAAAGCAGUGGACAUGGGAGCUCCAGAUUCUACACUCAUUUCUCGAAUCAUCUCUUCCAAGAAUCCUGGAAAGGUUUCCAGUCACUCUCUACAUCGAUGCACUUGAUGAAUGUGGCGAAGAACCAGCCGUAAAAUUGAUUGCAUUCUUCAUACACUUGCUUUCAGUUCUUCCGUCGGCGGGUUCUCGACUUGGCAUCUUCUUUUCUUGUCGCGACUAUCCUGUGUUAGAGCUCCAGGAAGGAUUAACUAUUCAGCUAGACGCAGAGAAUGAGGAUGAUAUCAAGACAUUUGUUCGAACCCAGUUAGACACAAGUGGAACAGACCUUGAGACGCAGAGCAUGAUCUGUGAUCAUGCCCAGGGUUUAUUCAUGUGGGCUCGCAUUGUUGUGGCGCGCGUGCUGCAGAUGGAGCGCCAGGGCAAACAGAAAGAAGAGAUCGAUGCAGAAAUCAGAAACGUGCCCGCCGGUCUAGAUCUCAAAUACCAAACACUUGCUUCACAAGAGCUUUCUUGUUCACUGCUCAACAUUAGCAAGGCAAAUUACCAACACAAACCACACCCA